AUGGCUUUUAAAGAUUGUUCUAAGAAAAGGGAGGUUCAGAGAGCAGCUGGUGUAAAGGUCUCGAAGAGUUUUCCUCUUUCUAGUCUUGCAUCUUUGGAGUCUUUGUCCUUGCCUCUGGUGCAGGAGGUUGUUCUUUCUGCUGAUAUGAAAUGUGAGAAGUGCCAGAAGAGAGUUACUGACAUUAUUACAAAAAUGAAUGUAGAAACUGAGUCCAUAGUGGUGAAUGUAUUGGAAAAGAAAGUGAUACUAACUUUUAGAAUAUCUUCAUCAACACAUGUUGGUAAAGUAAUCUCACACAAAGUUACACCUAAAGUUGCCAUUAUCAAACGGAUAUUCCGGUCAUCCAAUGGUUAG